AUGACGAGAUGGAAUGAUCAUGCGAAAGAAGAAGCAGCCAAGAAGAAGACGGUUGCGCUUCCACCCGGUGUUAAAGAGGGAUGGGCGCCGGAUUUGGCUCCGAUUGUCUCGAGUUUGGAAGCCUGUAUGGAUAUGGCUUGUGUUUGUCGAUUCUUGGCUGGCAGUCAAACCUCUCCAUGCACGCUCAACGGGAAACCGGUUAAAAAGGUCCUCCGAAAGGAAUAUCGUAUGAUGACCGACAUAGAACGACAGAAAUUCCACGCGGUCAUCUUGCAGCUGAAACAAAACGGGAAAUUUGAUGAAAUGGCCAAGAUGCACAGCUCAAUGGGAAUGUCCGGUGGGGCACACGGUGGACCGGCUUUCGCCGUCUGGCAUCGAGAGUUCGUCAAGAGAGUCGAAAUGGAGCUGCGAAAAAUCGAUCCCGAUGUCUUUUUGCCGUAUUGGGAUUCGACUUUGGAGUGGAGAUUGCCCAGAGGACAGGACAGUUCACUAUUCUCAGCAGAAUUGAUGGGCAAUCCAACCGGCAACAUCAACAUCGGCCCGUUCGCCAACUUUCGAGCUAUUGAUAAUCGAUUCCUCACGAGAAACACCGGUGGUGAGGGACAGCCGUUCUCGGAUCAAGAUAUUUCAGUCCUUCUUCAGCAGACUGUCUUAAAUGGAAUCAUGGCCUAUUCGCCGUCGGGAGCGGGUUGCCCGAUUCGUCCCAACUACUACAGUUUAGAGUCAAUGCAUGGAAAUGUACACUUGUGGAUUGGAGGUCACAUGACCGAUCCGGAAACGUCGGCAAACGAUCCGAUUUUCUACCUUCAUCACUGUUUUGUUGAUAUGCUUUUUGAGAUCGUUAGGCAACAGAAUCAGGAUCGUGGCCGCCGUGAGACCGAGUAUCCACCGGACAAUGGCCUCUGCUCAAACGCUCAACAUUUCUCUGGUGCCCGAAUGGCUCCAUUCAAUCAAUAUCGAAACAUUGACGGUUUAUCGAACAAGUACACGGAUGAGUUGUACACUUAUGACAAUCGACCCUCAUGCACACAAACGAAUCCGAGUUGCGGGAGCAGAUUCUUGUUCUGUGAUUUGUCUCAUGGACAACCCCGAUGUGCAUCAAAGAUCCGAGUCGGCGGAAGUUGCCAAGGCUACACGGCGGGUGAGGACGCCUGUUACAAUGGAAAGUGUCAGAAUAGUGUUUGCGUGGCUUCGUCAGUCCCUGUGAGCACUGUGGCCCCAGUCGUGUCAACUAUUUCCCCGCCUGUCACCCUGCCUCCACAAUUGGAAUGCUGGAACGAGAAUCAAUGCUGUCAAUCGUGGGCCGGUCGCGGAGAAUGCACGAGAAACACGCAAUAUAUGAGAGAUUUCUGUAAAGCUUCGUGCAAUAUCUGCACAGCGAAUCCACCAUUGAGAGAUGAUUGCUCUGAUAGGGCGCCAUCUUGUGCACAAUGGUCACGAACGGGAGAGUGCACGAGGAAUCCAGAUUGGAUGGCUGAGAAUUGUCGUCGAAGUUGCAACAAAUGCCAGAUGACGAGGGCGCAGGCUUGUGCCGUUGGAGCCGCCACCACUACUCCAUCGCCUGUUCAAAGGUGUGAGGAGAUUUCGCCUGGUUGCUACAACGAAUUCGCAUGUUGUCCGCUUUGGGCUAAUCAAGGACAAUGCCGUACAAAUCAAGCUUUCAUGGCCUGUAACUGUCGGGUUUCUUGUGGAAUGUGCAAUCCAACGGAUUACCCAUAUGGAGCUUGUGUUGAUUACCAUCAAAGUUGUUCGGCUUGGGCCCGAGGCGGUGAAUGCCAGAAAAACCCGUGGAUGGAAGAGAAUUGCCGACGCUCGUGUGGUACAUGUUUCGCUCAAUGGGAAUUGCCGAAUAUGUGUGGAAGCACGGCACAGGCUGGCUUGAUUGCAAAUCGCCGUCAAUCCGGUAUGAACACUCAGCCAGUGCCACAAAGUGGAUGGCUGGAUCCACGACAAAAUGAUGCCGGAUGGAAUGGAGGACAAAGGCAACAGGGUGGUUGGAAUCAGCAACCACAAUGGGGACAGCAACAAUGGAACGGCGGAGGAGCCGGUGGAGCACAACAAAGGCAACAACAGAAUUGGAGAAAUGCAGGAAGAGGACAAAUGGGCGGCGGGGGAUGGGGAUUCAAUUCGUGGGGAAGAAGGAGGAGAGAUGCUUCCGCUCAAUCUCCCUCCGGAACACCAAAUGCCGUGAAACCAAAUAUGCGAAAA